AUGGCCCCGGAGCUAUCGUCAAAUUGGAAGAAGCUUCAAGCCCAACUCAAAGCGGCGAGCCCGUCUUCCUCCAUAGCAUCUGGACCCAUCAAGAGGAAGGCAGACAUAUCAGAUCAGCGACUGUCGAAGAAACCGAAACUUAAGUCCGACAACAAAUCAGUGCCAGUAAAGAUCAUUCAAAAGAACGACAAAGCAAAGAAAGAACACAUGGGUGUCACGCAAAGCUCGAAGGUGGAAGUGGAACCCAAGGUCGGCUCCUCGCCGUCCCUUGCCCUCUGGGCCGAAGAAAAUGACAUCUCGCCUGAGGCCCUGGCCGAGGCCUACGGUCUUGGCGUGAAGAACAACUCCAUGCUCACUUUGGAAAAAGACAAGAUCAACGCUGGCCUAACGGAAGGACUCGACGUCGGCAAGUACGUUGCCAUCGACUGCGAGAUGGUGGGUGUCGGACAAGGAGGACACGAGUCUGUACUGGCCCGCGUGAGCAUAGUCGACUUUCACGGCCGCCAAGUGUACGACUCAUACGUACGGCCUCAGGAGCGUGUUACGGAUUGGCGCAGUGCCGUCAGCGGAAUCCAUCCCAAGCACAUGAGGUUCGCCCGCGAUUUCGACGAGGUUCAGACUGACGUCGCCAAGUUGUUGAAGGACAGGAUAGUAGUCGGUCACGACAUCAAGCACGAUCUGGACGUGCUCAAGUUGAGCCACCCAGGCAAAGAUGUCCGCGACACGUCUAGUUACCCGGCGUUCCGGCAGUAUGGCAAUGGCAGGAAACCAGCCUUGAGAAGACUGGCGGAGGAGAUACUCGGUGUCACAAUCCAGGGCGGCGCCCAUUCGAGUAUCGAAGACGCGAGGGUGACGAUGCUCCUGUUCAGAAAACACAAAUCCGGAUUUGACGUCGAUCAUGCAAAUCGCUUCCCAGGCUCCGCCGGCGCAUCGGCAAAAUCGAAGCCGAAAUCAAAGAAAACCAAGAAAAAGAAAUGA